CUGGCGCUCUUGCUUCCCCGCUUGGAUUUGCUGCUGGGCUUUAAUCUGCUGUCAAGCGGCUUGGACUGGGGAUGCUGCGGAGACCUCCUCCGGCGUGCGGCUGCCUCAGUGCCAGGAGACAGAUUACCAUUAUGAAUACACAGAAUGUGACAGCAGUGGAUCCAGGUGGAGAGUGGCUGUCCCCAAUCCAUCGGUGGAGUGCUCUGGAUUACCUGACCCCAUGAAAGGAAAAGAAUGCACUUUUUCUUGUGCUUCCGGUGAAUACCUCGAAAUGAAGAAUCAAGUGUGCAGUAAAUGUGCUGAGGGGACGUAUUCCUUGGGCAGUGGGAUCAAGUUUGAUGAAUGGGAUGAGCUGCCAGCAGGAUUCUCCAAUGUAGCCACUUUCAUGGACACUGCUGUUGAAUCAGCGGAGAAUAAAGCAGACAGCUGUAACAACUCUUCGUGGACUCCUCAUGGGAAUUACAUAGAGUCAAACAGAGAUGACUGCACUGUUUCUCUGAUCUAUGCUGUACAUCUGAAGAAGUCUGGUUCUGUCUUCUUUGAAUACCAGUAUAUUGACAACAACAUCUUCUUUGAGUUUUUUAUUCAAAAUGAUCAGUGCAAAGAGAUGGACUCCACAGCCGACAAAUGGGUGAAAUUAACAGACAAUGGCGAAUGGCGUUUUCAUUCCGUAGCUUUGAAAUCUGGUACAAAUAUAUUAUAUUGGCGAACAACAGGGAUUCUCAUGGGAUCUAAAGUGGUGAAACCUGUUCUGGUGAAAAACAUCACAAUUGAAGGAGUUGCAUAUACAUCUGAAUGUUUUCCAUGCAAACCUGGUACAUUCAGUGAUAGACCUGGGUCUUCCAAUUGCCAAGUGUGUCCCAGAAAUACCUACUCAGAGAAAGGAGCUAAGGAAUGCAUCAGCUGCAGCGAAGAAACACAUUAUGCAGAUGAAGGAUCCAGUCAAUGUACAGAGCGUCCUCCUUGUACGAACAAAGACUUUUUCCAGAUCCACACACUGUGCGAUAGGGAAGGAAAGACUCAGAUAAUGUACAAAUGGAUAGAGCCUAAAAUCUGCAGAGAGGAUCUUCCUGAUGCAUUGAAACUGCCUCCUUCUGGAGAGAAGAAGGAUUGUCCGCCAUGCAACCCUGGGUUUUACAACAACGGAUCAUCUUCCUGUGCUCCUUGCCCUCAGGGCAUGUAUUCAGAUGGAAAACAGGAAUGUAAGCCCUGCCCUGCUGGGACUGAACCGGCUCUUGGCUUUGAAUAUAAAUGGUGGAAUGUUCUGCCGGCCAAUAUGAAGACUUCUUGUUUCAAUGUUGGCAAUUCACGGUGUGAUGGAAUGAAUGGUUGGGAAGUGGCAGGUGAUCACAUCCGGAGUGGGGCAGGAGGCUCUGACAAUGAUUAUCUUAUCCUGAACCUGCACAUCCCAGGGUUUAAACCUCCAACAUCUGUGACAGGGGCAACUGGGUCAGAACUAGGACGGAUUACUUUUAUUUUUGAGACCAUCUGUUCAGCAGAUUGCGUGAUGUACUUUAUGGUGGAUAUUAAUAGGAAAAACACGAAUGUGGUGGAAUCCUGGGGCAGGACAAAGGAGAAACAGUCUUACACUCACAUUAUCUCCAAAAAUGCUUCCUUCACAUUCACAUGGGCCUUCCAGAGGACAAACCAGGGCCAAGAUAGCAGGCAAUUCAUACAUGACGUGGCAAAGAUCUACUCGAUCACGGUGACCAAUGUGUUAGAUGGAGUUGCCUCAUUUUGCCGGGCCUGUGCACUGGGGUCUGAACAGUCUGGAUCAUCCUGCAUACCCUGUCCUGCUGGACACUACAUUGAGAAGGAAACCAACCAAUGCAAGGAGUGCCCAACCAACACGUAUCUGUCUAUACAUCAGGCGUACGGCAGAGAAGCUUGUAUCCCAUGUGGGCCUGGCAGUAAAAGCAACAAGGAUCACUCCAUCUGCUUCAGUGACUGCACGCUCUCUUACCUCAAGGACAACCAGAGCCUGAAUUAUGACUUUACCAACCUCAGUGGGGUGGGGUCAUUAAUGAAUGGACCCAGUUUUACAUCCAAAGGGACAAAGUUCUUUCAUUUCUUUAACAUCAGCCUGUGUGGGAAUGAGGUAAAGAAGAUGGCCAUUUGCACAGACAAUAUAACAGAUGUCACCGUAAAGGACAUGGUGGCUGAAUCAGAAGACUAUUCAAGCUGGGUGGGAUCUUUUGUAUGCCAGUCCACGAUCAUCCCAUCCGACAGUAAGGGGUUCAGAACAGCACUGGCUCUGCAGUCCAACAGCCUGGCUGAUACAUUCUUAGGAGCUACGGUUGAAACCACACUGGGAAACAUUAACAUUGAAACAGAAAUGUUUCCAUCUCCUCCAAGGACAAUACCUGAUGUGAAUUUCUUUUUCAAGUCUUCUACAGUUACAACUUCCUGUGAAAAUGGACGUGCAACUGUUGUGGUGAUGAGGUGUAAUCCCACCAAGCCAGGCCAAGGCGAUAUUUCAGUUCCCAGCACAUGCCCCGCUGGUACCUGUGAUGGAUGCAUCUUCUAUUUCUUGUGGGAAAGUGCAGAGGCUUGCCCUUUGUGCACAGAGCAUGACUACCAUGAGAUUGAGGGAGCUUGCAAAAAAGGAUUUCAGGAAACCUUGUAUGUCUGGAAUGAGCCAAAGCAGUGCAUUAAAGGGAUUCCCUUGCCUGAGAAAAGAGUCAACACCUGUGAAACUAUGGACUUUUGGUUAAAAGUAGGAGCGGGUGUUGGUGCAUUCACAGCUGUUCUGCUCGUAGCCUUAACCUGCUACUUCUGGAAGAAAAAUCAGAAGUUGGAGUAUAAAUAUUCCAAAUUAGUGAUGACAGCUAAUUCAAAGGAGUGUGAGCUUCCAGCUGCUGACAGCUGUGCUAUAAUGGAAGGAGAAGAUAAUGAAGAGGAAAUAGUAUAUUCAAAUAAACAGUCAUUGCUGGGAAAGCUCAAGUCCUUGGCCACAAAGGAAAAACAAGAUCGUUUUGAAUCUGUGCAGCUGAAAUCUUCAAGAUCACAAAAUAUAUGAGGAUUAAAUGCUACCUUCAAAGAAACAAACCUGAUUUCUAUUUUUACAGGACCACAUUUUAAACACAUUGCUGCAGAUAGCAGAGUGAUGAUCCCAGUGAGAAAUGCUGAGCCAUUUAAGGGGAGGGAGGGAAAAGAGGGUGGAAAUCAAAACAAAAGAUUGGGUAGCCUUAUCUUGUGGUCAAGUACCUUGCCAAAACAAGAGCAGACGGCUUGGAUUCCAAACUAGGAAUGAAACUUAACUCAGGAAGAGAUAUACAUACUGCAACUGACUUAAAUUUUACAUUCACCUGUGCAUUCCUCAGGCAUGUCAUGUGAUUUAUGGGUAUCUUUUCAGUUCAUAAUCACUUUGUCCAUAUACAUCUCAAGAACUGAUUUUCUGAGAGGUUCGAAUCUUUCUGCAAAGGUUCUGUCCUAUCCUUUUUGUAGCAUGGCUUCAAGUCUCUCUCAAACCAAAAUUGUGAAUGGUACUUGAAACAGAUCCGGGGCUGAGUUUUGAUCCUUAGAGAUAAUAUUGCUUUUGGGGUUAAGGGCUGGAUGUCCUGCAACAGCCCUUAAGCGUAGCAGGGCCAAUUUACACUCACAGAUUGAACCCAUUUAGGUGCCAUUGUAAUGACCAGUUGUAAUGGGUUGGCUUGAACCUUGCACUCCUGAACCUUAGGCUAUACCUCUCCCUACAGCUAAGGGUAUGAUUCCCAGCUUACGUAGACUCGCAUUUGCUGUCAUAAGCCCAGCACACGGGGGCUGUGUCUACACUGGCCACAUAUCCCGUAAUAGCUAUGGAAA